AUGUUGGAAACAUCAGAAUCUGUUGUGCAUGAGGAACAGCUCGCUAUUUCUUCACAACGCGCUGUCAGCGGUGCUUCUGCAAAUUUGAGUAACGAUGGUACUACUAUUAUACUUCAGGAAUCAUCUGAUGGGAAUCAUGUUACUUGUGAUGAAGCUGAUGAUGAGGAAGAUGAAGCUGAAGAAAUUUUCUCUGAUUUUGCCCCACCCUCGGUAAUGAAUACAUCUCAAGGCCGGGAAAAACUAUUUCUAACUGAAGAAGGGAUUAUUGAUCUCAAUUCUUCUGAACUUGAAGUAUUUACUGAUCAGUCGAAUCGAUGGUCAGAUGGUGAAACUAGUGAGGCGCGAUUUGAUGAUGGUUUUGUUAUGGUUACUCGAAGAAGGGGUCGGAAUUCGAAGGCUGAAAGGCUUAAACUACAAGAGGUUCUUCUAGAGCUGAUGGUUAAUGUAUCUGAUAUUGCUGAAACAAGAAGGUUCCUUGGUUAUGAUUAUGCUGCUGCAUCUAAUUUUGGCAAAAUCUGGUUCUUUGGUAGCCGGGAAUUUUCUUAUAAUGUUGUCGGUAAUAUGGAUCAAUGUCUUCAUUUGAAAAUUGAGCAGGUAGCAUCAGAAUCAUGCUAUGCUUCAUGGAUGGUUGGUGGCGACUUCAAUGUGAUUAGAUCAUUGGUAGAAUAUUCUGGUGUUUCGGUGCAGGAUUAUGAUGCCAUUGAUGAUUUUUAUGAUUGUGUGGAAGCAUGUGAGUUAUCGGAGCUAGCUACUUCUGGGGACGACUUCACUUGGGGUGGAACAAGAUCUACUGGCUGGGAAGACCUUCCCAAAUGCUUUAGAUUUCAGAAGAUGUGGCUGCGCAGGUCUGAGUUUUUAGAGAUUGUAGCUAAGAAUUGGAAUUUGCCGAUGGAAGCUCAUGGCAUGCUGCGCUUUUCAAUGAAACUUCGACGCCUAAAAAGUAUGUUAAAGGAGUGGAACAAAACAGCUUUUGGUAAUGUAUUUGAAAAUCUGAAAAAUGCAGAGGAUCAAGUUCGGGAGCUGGAAAUUAACGCAUAUAGAAGUCAAUUGAUCCCAGGUGUCCUUGGUAUGCAGAAAGGAUCCUUUCCACUUAUCUAUUUGGGGAACCGUCUAUACAGAGGGUGGAAGAGGCUUGAAACUUUUCAGUUUCUACUUGAUGCUCUUGAUAAACGAUUAUCUAGUUGGAAAAACAAAUUGUUGAGUCCGGGUGGUCGCAUUUUGCUCAUCAGGCACGUGCUAUCGGCUAUUCCUUUGCAUGUUUUUGCAGCCAUAGAACCUCCAAAGGGAAUCAUUGAUGCUCUUGAUCGAAGGUGUCAGAAUUUUUUGUGGCAAGGAGUGGAUGAUCAAGCUAAAAGGCAUUGGAGAUCAUGGGAUGCUUUGACUUUUCCAACAUGUGAAAAUGGUCUUGGGUUGCAGAAGUUAGGAGACAUUCUGAAAUAUUUCUCUCUUAAGCUGUGGUGGAAGAUAAAGGUGAAUAAGGGAUUAUGGGCAAAGUUUGUAGGGACGUUAUCCCAAACUGCUAGAGGCAAGACGUCUUGGCAACGCAAUGCUAAAAUCAAUUCAGAGGCGGUCUCACAUGCUAAAGUGUUGGUUGAAGGAGGGGAUCACAGCUUCUGGUUUGAUGAGUGGUCUGACUUUGGAAUAAUUUGGGAUUCUGAUGUGGGAAGUCCGCCCAGUCCAUAUUUGUCUAUAUAUGAUUUCUUUGCACAAAAGGAUCAUUUCUUACCAAUCAUCCAGCCUUUUAUCUCGGUGGAGGCACUGGCUUUUUGGCAAAAUCAUCAAUUGGUUUUUCAGAAGGAGCUUUGGAAGGCUAGGAACAAGUUCUUGUUUGAGGAUGUAGUGAUAUCUAAUUUUGCAAUUAUAAGGGCUGCUAUGUUGGAUAUUGAGAAUAUGCUAUUUAUUCAUAAGCCACCUUCGAAAUACAUUGAGGAGCGGAAUUUUUUGGCCUCUCUCUUCAAUCUAAAAUUGGGAAGAGUACAAAAAAGUGUAAAGGUAGUUAGUUUCAUGGCAGAAACUUAUGGCUUGCUUUUUGGAAUUCGGCGUUGUGUUUUAUUGGGCCUCAAGCGGGUUGAGAUUCAAACGGAUAAUUUAGCUUUGGCAAUGAUGCUGGAGAAUGGAGGUCCUUAUCCUUGGAAAUUCAAUCUUGCAUUGGAGGAGAUUUUGGGUAUUCUGAGAUGCUGGAAUUUUACUAUAAUUUAUGUCUAUCGUGAGACAAAUGCAGUAGCAGACUCUUUGGCCGACUUGGCAUCUUCUGGGCAGUUGGAGGUCUUUAGAACCUGCAGGGCUUUGCCUUCCAACACUAGAGGCUUACUUGUUCUUGAUCAAAGAUCCUUACCUUAUCUGCAUAUAAGGUAG